GUUUGCAUGCAACUUGCAUUGGCUUAUAUUAGAUUCUGGCAAACUUAUAACAAAAGUAUUUUGAUAAUUCAUAAAUAAGAAACAUUCAAGAACUAAAAUGAGGUUAAGUGUAGAUGGACUUCUUGUGUAUUUUCCUUACGAAUAUAUUUAUCCUGAGCAGUAUGCUUACAUGUGUGAGCUGAAGAAAGCAUUAGAUGCAAAGGGUCACUGCUUACUGGAAAUGCCGUCAGGAACUGGAAAAACCACCACACUUCUCUCUCUUAUUGUAGCCUACAUGAUUGAACAUCCAUAUGAUGUCAGGAAGCUUAUAUACUGUUCUCGAACGGUACCUGAAAUAGAGAAAGUCAUGGAAGAAUUAAAAAAACUUCUCGAUUAUUAUGAAAAACAAGAUGGUCAAUAUCCGUCCCUUAUAGGUUUAGUUUUGAGCUCUCGUAAAAAUAUGUGCAUUCACCCGCAAGUAAGUACUGAAAGAGAAGGCAAAAUUGUUGACGGCAGAUGCCAUAGUUUAACAGCAAGUUAUAUAAGAGAAAGGCAUAACAUUGAUAACACUGUACCGGUAUGCCAAUUUUACGAAGGAUUUUCAUUAGAUGGGAAAGAAAGCAAUCUUCCUUAUGGCGUCUACAACUUGGAUGAAAUUAAGCAAUAUGGAAGAGAUAGGAAUUGGUGUCCAUAUUUUUUAGCGAGAUUUGCUAUUGUUCACGCAAAUAUUAUCGUCUACAGUUAUCAUUAUCUACUCGAUCCUAAAAUUGCUGAGGUAGUCUCAAAAGAACUAGCCAAGGAGUCGGUAGUGAUUUUCGAUGAGGCGCACAAUAUUGAUAAUGUGUGUAUUGAUUCUAUGAGUGUCAAAAUACACCGCAGAACCAUAGAACGUGCUACUGCCAAUAUCGGAACACUAGAAAAACACGUAUCAGAAAUGAGAGAUGAAGAUCACAGAAAGCUGCAAGAAGAAUACCAAAAACUUGUAGAGGGUCUCAGAGAUGCUAAUGUUGCACGAGAAACUGACUUGAUACUGGCAAAUCCUAUCCUACCUAAUGAAGUCCUUCAGGAAGCUGUACCUGGCAAUAUUCGUAACGCCGAACAUUUCCUUUCUUUUCUGAGACGCUUUGUCGAAUAUUUAAAAACUCGUUUGAGAGUGCAGCAUGUAGUCCAAGAAUCUCCUGUAGGAUUUUUAAAAGAUGUCCAGCAAAAAGUCUGCAUUGAGAGAAAACCUUUAAGAUUUUGCGCGGAACGUUUGGCUUCACUUUUAAAAACUCUGGAAAUAAUGGAUAUGACUGAAUUUGGUCCACUUACUCUUAUUACACACCUUGCAACGUUAGUUUCGACUUACACUAAAGGUUUUACGAUUAUAAUUGAGCCAUUUGAUGAUAAAACCCCCACAGUAUCAAAUCCCAUUUUCCAUUUUAGUUGUUUAGAUUCGUCAAUAGCGAUAAAAGGAGUUUUUGAUAGAUUUCAAACUGUCGUUAUAACCUCUGGGACUUUAUCGCCCCUGGAUAUGUAUCCGAAAAUUUUGAACUUUCAUCCUGUGAUAAUGACAUCCUUUACCAUGACUUUGGCAAGGCCUUGUUUGUUGCCGAUGAUAGUGUCAAAAGGCAGCGACCAAGUAGCUAUAUCUUCCAAAUUUGAAACUCGUGAAGAUAAUGCUGUGAUUAGGAAUUAUGGACAACUUUUGGUUGAGAUGGCCGCAAAUGUUCCUGACGGUAUUGUUUGUUUCUUCACCUCAUAUUUAUAUCUAGAAUCUGUGGUGGCAGCUUGGUACGACCAGGGCGUCAUUGACAACUUACAGCGGUACAAAUUACUUUUUAUAGAAACACAAGAUUCUGCUGAAACUAGUUUUGCUCUGAUGUAUUAUAUUAAGGCAUGCGAAUCUGGCAGAGGCGCUGUUCUGCUAUCAGUAGCAAGAGGCAAAGUUUCAGAGGGCGUAGAUUUUGAUCAUCAUUUGGGAAGAGCAGUAUUAAUGUUUGGCAUUCCAUAUGUCUAUACGCAAUCGAAAAUCCUGAAGGCGAGGUUGGAAUAUUUGAGGGACCAAUUUCAGAUAAAAGAGAAUGACUUCUUGACGUUUGACGCUAUGAGACACGCUGCCCAAUGCGUAGGUCGAGCAAUCAGAGGAAAAACCGAUUACGGCAUUAUGGUGUUUGCCGAUAAACGAUUUUCACGGGCAGACAAAAGAUCGAAAUUACCCAAAUGGAUUCAAGAGCAUUUAAAGGAUAGUUUGUGUAAUUUGUCGACGGAGGAAGGAGUGCAGAUUGCGAAAAGAUGGUUAAGGCAGAUGGCGCAACCAUUCACAAGGGAAGACCAGCUUGGAGUGUCACUACUCACACUAGAGCAACUUCAAAACAUGGAAGAAAAAAAGCUGCAAGAGCAAGCCCACCAAAGGAUGGAUGUAGCGUAAUAUUGAAUAUCAAUGCCACUUUGUAAUUUACAGGCGAUUCUCAUUUAAUCAGUAGCCUGGCACAGCGCCUUUUCUCAGAGAGACAAUUAUUAUUGUUAUUUUGAUAUCUAUUCUGAUGGCAUUGCUUGCCGAUAUGUACAGUUGCGAUCAAAAAAAAGUAGUACAAAAAAAUCUCCUGGUCUAUUAUACAUUAAUUUAAUUCAUAACCAAAAUGACAUAUUUUUGGUAUUUUUUGACAAGUUUUUAACCUAGAAAGCUUCAGAUGACAUUAAUUUAGCAUUUUUCCACCCAUUUUUAACCUAGAAUAUGUCAUUGUCAGAACUCAACAUAUUUUGAAAUGUUUAUUUGGUGUCAAAAUUUUGUAUAAUACACCGGGAGCUCAAAUUGGGGUUAAUAAUUUUUGUGCUACUUUUUUUUGAUUGCAACUGUACCUAUAUUAUUUUCGAUGUAUUUAUUGUGGAACUAAAAAUAAAUAAGUACUGAGAUUUUCAUUUAUUGCUUGGAGCGUAAUUUUGUGAUCAAAUAUUGAAAUAAUGGACGGAUCAAAAAGCUUGAGUACUAAAAAUUUUAUUUGAUUGUACAGGGUGUUUCAAACUGCAGCCACAUCAUUGGGAUCUCGG